AUGGCAGCACCUGGGGCUGGUCCAGGAGAUAGCUGGCCGACAAAGGAUAUCGUCUACUUGGCCAUCGUCGGCCCGUUGAUGCUGGCUGCCGCAUUCGAAUGGCUGCUCUGGCUCGCAGCCUUCCUCUACUGUUUGAUCAAGGUCUAUCAAAAGGCAGACCAUUGGAGUAUAAGAGUUCUUGCUGUGGUGAUGAUUGUUCUGUUCUCUUUAUUCCGGCUGGCAUUUCUACCCAUCAUGAUAGUCACGCUUCCAUUGCCACCUCAGGUUACUCGAUACUUCCCUGCUCGCAUGGCCUAUGUUUUCCAGUGGUUCGCUUUCUGGUCUUUUACCGUCUUGUUAAUCGGGCCGUGGCUCUCUUGUGUCUACCAACUUGUCACAAAUUCCCUCGGAAGGAAAAAAAGAAUCAAGGAGGUCUUAGACGAUCACAAUGCCCCCAAGACUGUAGUGGUGAUGCCUGUCUACAAAGAAGACCCCGAGGUCCUGAUCAAGGCCGUUGAUUCCGUUGUCGACGGCGACUAUCCUGCGUCUUGCAUCCAUGUGUUCCUAUCCUGGGAUGGUGGUACGGUCGAUGAGCCGUAUCUUCGCGUCAUCCAACAUCUUGGAAUCCCAAUUUUACUCACCAGCUAUCCUCAGAGUAUCGACACGAUUUACAAAAGCGCACGGAUCACGGUCUCGCGCUUUAAACAUGGAGGAAAGCGGUACUGCCAGAAACAAACAUUCAAGCUCAUCGACAAGGUCUAUGCAGAGUACCUGAAACGACAUGACGAUUUAUUCGUAUUGUUUAUAGACUCAGACUGCAUUCUUGAUCGAUACUGUCUACAAAAUUUCAUGUACGACAUGGAGCUCAAGCCAGGGAGCAAGCAUAAUAUGCUGGCCAUGACGGGUAUCAUUACCUCCACAACAGAAAAGAACUCCCUUCUCACCAUCCUUCAAGAUAUGGAAUAUAUCCAUGGACAGCUCUUCGAACGAUCGGUCGAAUCCGGCUGUGGUGCUGUGACUUGUCUCCCAGGGGCACUGACAAUUCUUCGGUUCUCGGCUUUUCGCAAAAUGGCGAAAUAUUAUUUCGCAGACAAGGCAGAACAGUGUGAUGACCUCUUUGACUUUGGAAAAUGCCAUCUGGGAGAGGAUCGGUGGCUCACCCACCUCUUCAUGAUCGGCGCGAAGAAGCCAUAUCAGAUUCAGAUGUGCACCGGGGCCUUUUGCAAGACCGAGGCUGUGCAGACCUUCAGUAGUCUGCUGAAGCAACGACGGCGCUGGUUUCUGGGCUUCAUCACGAAUGAGGUCUGCAUGAUCACCGAUGUACGGCUAUGGGCGCGUUAUCCACUACUUUGCACGGUGCGCUUCAUGCAAAAUACCAUUCGUACCACGGCACUCCUGUUUUUUAUCAUGGUUAUUGCUCUCCUCACAACCUCGAAGAAAGUCACCGAUCUCCCAGUCGGCUUCGUGGGAGUUUCCUUGGGUCUUAACUACUUGCUGAUGUUCUACUUCGGCCUUCAGCUGAAACGCUUCAAAGCCUGGCUGUAUCCACUGAUGUUCAUCGUGAACCCUUUUUUCAACUGGCUCUACAUGGUAUAUGGCAUUUUCACGGCUGGGCAACGUACCUGGGGCGGGCCACGAGCGGAUGCGGCGGCCGCUGAUAUCACAACCACUCCAGCCGAUGCCGUGGAACUUGCCAGGGCCCAGGGCGAUGAGUUAAAUGUCGACGUAGAUACCUUUCGCACCGGUCUUGUACGCCGAAGGUCAGUCCCCAUUCGCCCGUCUGAGCAGGUUGAAGGACGAUUUGCUCCUGCGGAGCAACUCCUUGAUGGCUACUAUGCCAACACAAACAAGCCGGGUCCCAUUGUGACCCUGCUGGAGUCGCCUUUGCCUACCGUUCCUCGAUUCCAUACCCCGGGCCAGCUUCGCCAUUCGUCCGACUCUGUGUGCAGUGGGUCUUCGGACUACGGUUCCAACACAGUGUCCUUUCCACGCAACGUGGAGAGCCUGAUGAGCGAAGAGGACCAGCGGAAACUGUACUAUGCCCGUCAGGCUCGGGUAUCUACCGGGCUGCCGACCCAAGAAGGCAAAACAAACUCGAACGAAACGUGGCCGGUUGUAUAUGAGUCCGAUGAGACUGCCCCUGAGGCCCUGAACGUCGACCCUACCUGGAUCCAACCUGAUCUCCUGGAUCUUGACUCCAGUCAUAGGGGUUCUUUUCACUCUGUGGACAAGCGAGAGGCACAAUGGAAAUCCCCGAGAGCCUCUGAUCCAGAGUCGCGGGUCUCCGAUGUCUCCGGUGAAAUGGUGUGA